AGCGAAUUUGGUUGUCCCCAACGGAAAGCUUCAAUUAUCGUCGACUAGACCGUGUCCUUUGUCAAAAGUGGUUCCACCCAGGACCCGAGCCCCCAUGACAUCAAUCGUGAAAGUACCUCAGACCAAAAGACAGUGCCGACUUUCGACUAUCAUUAGAACAUGCGGAUGGUUUCUGCCAUAAUCACUCCAUUGCUGCGGGACUAGACGACUAAUGCUCUCAUGUCGCCGCUGAUUUUGGCAACACCAUGAAACCCCCUUCCAUCAUCUCUCUUAGUCGUGUCACGACGAGGAGUAGCGGUCGAUGGACCUGCUCCAGUUGUCGCAGCCAACUUUCGAGGCGCACGAAUACAACGGCCAAUCUUGCGCUUCCUAGACAUUCUUCAUCCGGUCCGUCGAGCUCCUCACAGCGAAUACCGCCGCCGGGAAAACGCGUUGCCCUCUUUGCCACGGCUACGGCUGGUGCUGCUGGUGCUGGAUUUCUUGCCUUUGGGGACGACAUCAAGCAUGGGUAUGAUGCAAUAGAGCGUGCGGGCAGAGUCGCUGCUACCUUGGCAUUAUGUAUCAAUGAUUACCGAACCACGUUAAACCACCGAGACAAAAUAGAUGACGCAGCCGAGGCGAAUAAGGUGCUCAAGCAAUGCCACAAGCGAUGUGCAGUGCGGACUUUACGGGUUCUGGAGAAGAACGGAGGCUUAUUCAUCAAGCUGGGACAGCACUUGAGUGCCAUGACGUACCUGUUGCCUGUGGAGUGGACCGACACGUUUAUACCGUUACAAGACAAAUGCCCGGUGUCCUCCUUCGAGUCCGUCGAGCAAAUGUUCCGGGAUGACACGGGCAAAGAACUGAAAGAUUACUUCUCCGAAUUCUCAGAAGAGCCGAUAGGAGCGGCGUCUCUGGCGCAAGUACACCUGGCAACCAUUAAGGAGGACGGACAGAAGGUAGCUGUCAAAAUCCAGCACCCGAGCCUCGCUCAAUGGGCUCGCCUCGACUUAGCUUUGACGAGGUUUACCUUCUCUACACUAAAGCGUUUCUUUCCCGAAUACGAUUUAGAAUGGCUGUCGGCCGAGAUGGACGUCUCUUUACCUCAAGAACUUGACUUCCAGCGCGAGGCGGCAAACGCCGUCCGGACCCAACGGUACUUCGCAGCAAUGCCAGAGCUACCCUUGGUGAUUCCAGACAUUAUUUGGGCCAAGAAGCGCAUCCUUGUUAUGGCGAAUGAGUCCGGCCGCCGGCUCGACGACCUCGAGUACCUCGAUUCGAACGGUAUCGACCGUGACGAAGUCUCGGCUACACUAGCGUACAUCUUCAACGAGAUGAUCUUCGGCAAGAAUGCACCGCUGCACUGUGACCCCCACGGUGGUAACAUUUCCAUCCGAAAAACGGCCCACCGCCGCCCCGGCGGCGCCAAUUUUGAGGUCAUCAUCUACGACCACGGUCUGUACCGCGAUAUACCUGAGAGUCUGCAGCGCAGCUACGCCAAGAUGUGGCUAGCUAUUAUUGACGGCGACGUGGGCCGGAUGAAGAAGUACUCCAACGAAGUGGCGGGCGUCACCGAGGAGCAGUUCCCGCUUUUCGCAAGCGCCAUCACGGGAAGGGAUUACAGUGUCGUCAGCGAGUCCAUUCUGAAGCCCCGGUCGGGCGACGAGAAGAAGACGAUGGGCGAUGCGCUACAGGAGGGUCUGCUGACCGAUCUGGUGCAUUUACUUGGUCAAGUGCCCCGGAUCAUCUUGCUUAUUUUGAAAACGAACGAUUUGACGCGCAGCCUGGACGAAAAUCUGCAGACGCGGGAGGGACCUAUGCGGAAUUUCAUGAUUUUGGCACGGUACUGCGCUAAGACGGUGUUUCGGGAGCAGGUGGAGGAGAUUAAGGCUCGCCAAGGUGGACUGCUCUGGCCCGGGAAUGCCGUUAGAUUUCUUGCGGCGUGGGUGGGACUCUUGCGCGUCGAGCUCAAGUUAGAGGCGUUCCAGCUGUGGUUGACGGUCAAGAGGCUUGUAGGGGUUCGGGCAGAAAUGGUGUCUUUUCAGACUCCGAAUGCGCUGACUUAAAUUCGAAAAGGGGAAAAGGGUUGAUGUAUGAGUCGGUUGAGGGUUCGAAUACCUUGCAUUUAUUGUUGGUGAGAUACCAAUAACAGUUGCCCCCAAUUAGAUGUGAUUUUGGUAGACCAUGUACUAGGAGGAAGGUUGAUUGGGUAAGGGUAUAUAGCAUGUAUGUACAUAUUGAGGGCACACAUGAACACAGAUAUGACCAUGAAUAGCG